CCUCUUACAGUCUGAGAAACAGUAGUAGUUGGGAACAACAUCGACCCCAUGAGUUAAUUCUAGCAAAUCUCUUGAGCUUUCAGGUUACUUGAUCUCAUUUGCUCUGAGGCAUAUUUGCUGGAGAAACAAAAGUCCAGAUUUCAGUUCAAGUCUCGAGAUACUUCACGGUCUAAUUAAAUCACUAUCAGAGUAUUUGAGGAGAAAUGGCUACAUCUGAUGCACAUUCAACAAGUUCAGAACCACAUCAGCGGCUUCAAAGGGUUGUUUCAGCUCAGUUUAGGACGCCUUCCCUUGAUCUAUUAUCAGAUACAGAAGAAGCCAGAGAAAAAUACUUCAAAAUUUGUGUACCUCUUCGUAAAGCAGCAUUGAAAGGUGAUUGGAAAGCAGUAUGGCACAUCAUAGAACAAGAUUUGACCCUUCUGACUGCGGCCAUAACCAAGGGUUGGUUAACGGUUCUUCAUGUCGCAGCAGGAGCAAACCAUGUCCACUUGGUUGAAGAGUUGGUGAAAUUAAUGGAGCGGAAUGACUUGGAAUUACAAGACCAAAAAGGGAACACAGCCUUCUGCUUCGCUGCUGCAUCUGGGAACAUCAAGAUUGCUGAAAUAAUGCUACAAAAAAAUGUAUUCUUGCCAAAUAUCAGGGGUGGACAAGGAGUGACUCCUGUCGUCAUGGCUGUUUUACAAGGGAAAUGUGAAAUGGCAUCGUAUCUAUAUCCUAAAAGUUAUGAAAUAUUUGACGACUGGGAUUGGAAACUACUGUUCUUCAUUUGUAUCAACUCUGGAAUCUAUGAUUUAGCCUUGGUACUGCUACAAAAGAGGCCAGAGCUAGCUUUAGCUCAGGAUGGAGAAGAUGGCACAGCUUUGCAUAUGCUAGCUCGAAAGCCUUCAAGUUCUGGUUGCCAGAGUCCCGCACAUCAAAAACAGAUCAUGAAGUCCAGUGUGAAGCAGAACCUCGCUAUUGAGCUUGUUAGGAAUAUUUGGAAUGAAAUUCUUCUUCAAGAUGAGUCGAGCAUGAUGAGACUCAUAAGAGAACCUUCACAAGUUAUAUUCAAUGCCGCUGAAGUUGGAAAUUUUGAGUUUCUAGUAGAGCUUUUGAGCAGCUACCCUGAUUUGAUGGCGGAAAAGGAUAGCAGAAACCGAAGUAUAAUACACAUCGCUGUUUUGUAUCGUCAUGCUAGUAUCUUCAACCUCAUACAUGAAACAGGUCCAAACAUGGACUCUAUAGUUUCUUCUGUGGAUGUUACUGAUAAAUGCAAUUUAUUGCAUUUUGCUGCAAAACUAGCACCGCAAAACCGACUUGACUUGUUCUCAGGAGCAGCUUUUCAGAUGAUGGUUGAGCUAUUAUGGUUUGAGGAAGUGAAGAAGAUAUUGCGACCAUCAUUCAUGGAGAUGAAAAACUCUGAAGGCCUAACUCCUAGAGAAUUAUUCACCAAAGAGCACAAAAAACUGCUAAAAGAAGCAGAGUCUUGGAUGAAGGGAACUGCAAAGUCUUGCAUGGUUGUUUCAACACUAAUUGCUACGGGAGUAUUUUCUGCUGCAUUCACCAUUCCUGGUGCUAACAACAAUGACACAGGAGAUCCUAACUAUUUGAAGAAGCUACCAUUUCAGAUAUUUGCUGUGUCAGAUGCAUCUGCAUUUAUUUCAUCCUCAACCUCCAUCCUAAUCUUCUUGUCUAUCCUUAUCUCACGGUAUGCAGAACAAGAUUUUCUCAAGUCACUGCCAUCGAAGUUAAUAUCUGGGCUAAUAGCACUGUUCAUCUCCAUCAUCUGCAUGAUGGUAGCUUUUAGCAGUGCCUUCUUUGUGACAUAUUAUCAUGGUCCAAAGUGGGUCCCCUGGCUCAUUUCAGUACUUGCAUUUGUACCAAUACCUCUGUUUUUGUUCCUGCAAUUCCCUCUUUGCUUAGAUAUACUCUAUACCAAAUACUUCUUCAGGUCUCUUUUCCGACCAAAUAAUCAUAUACUGUACUAGACUCUGUAAUUCUGUGUAUGAAUAGAGUACGUUUAGUUGGGUCAAAAUGUAUUGUAUUUUAUUACAAUAAUAGGAUGUGCUUAUGGCCAAGUUGAAGGAA